GAAAGAAAGAAACAACAAGAAAAAAACUUGACAGGAUUUCCGAGAGUGAGAGCACCCCUUCUUCUUCUUCAGAAGGAAAGAAAGAGAAUCAAUCAGCGACGAUAUGAAGGACACUCAAGAAACCCCAAAAUCCUCGUCCAAGAAACCAUAUUCAGGGCAAAGUUCCAUUGAUGUAUUAGCUGCACAGUGUGAGAAAUGCAAGAAAUGGAGGGUGAUUCAAUCUGAAGAGGAGUUCGAAGACAUCAGAAGCAAGCUCAGUGAGGAACCAUUCUAUUGCAACAGAAAAUCUGGUGUGUCUUGUGAAGAUCCUGCUGAUAUUGAGUACGAUUCUACUAGGACAUGGGUUGUGGACAAGCCCAACAUGCCGAAGACACCAGAAGGGUUUAAGAGGCAUUUGGUGCUUAGAAGAGACUAUUCCAAACUGGAUGCUUAUUAUAUUACACCUGAGGGGAAAAAAUUAAGAUCCCAAAAUGAGAUCGCCACAAUCUUGAAAGGCAAUCCUAAGUACAAAGGCAUAUCCCCUUCAGAUUUUGACUUUGGAACCCCAAAGGUUAUGGAAGACACUGUUCCUGUGGAUGUUCCUAAGAAGGUACCUGGUAGCAGCAACAAAAAACUUAAAACAACAAAGGACUAGGCCAAGUAGUGUCUUGGAGAGACUGGGGCAGAUUUUUGUUGGGAGGUCUUGCUUUGUGUAGAGAGUAUGUUUGUUUAUCAUUGUGAUGGAAUUGGGAUAUCUAGCUGUAUCUUGGAAAGACUGUGUAGAAAGUAUGUCUGUUUAUCAUUGUGAUGGAACUGGGAUAUGUAGCUGCUGUUAUGUGGUUUUGUAUCUGUUUGCUCAGUUUAGUAAUGGAGAUGAUU